CAGGGCGGCCGCGCUCGGGCCGGAGAGCGGAGCGCGCCGCAGCCGCCCGAGCCAAGGAGACGCCGAUGGAGGCGCCCAGGGGCCCGGCCGCCGGGCUCCGGGGGCCGCCUCAGCCCGGGCGGGCUGGAGCGCUGCUGCUGCUGCUGCUGCUGAGCUGGGGAGCUGCCCAGGAGCUGCGUCCCGGCGGGAGGAACGUGUGCGGAGCCACCGGCUUCUCUGGGUCUGUGUGCUGCCCAGGAUGGAGGCAACAAGGAGACGAGUGUUUGAUAGCCGUGUGCGAGGGGAAUUUCACCUGCAAGGAGAACGAGGUGUGCGUGAGACCCAGCGAGUGCCGCUGCCGCCAUGGAUACUUCGGGGCCAACUGUGACACCAAAUGUCCCCGCCAGUUCUGGGGCCCAGACUGCAAGGAAAUGUGCAGCUGCCACCCCAAUGGCCAGUGCGAGGACGUCACGGGCCAGUGCACGUGCAACCCCAAUCGCUGGGGGCCCAAGUGUGAGAACGCCUGUCUCUGCAAGCACGGCAAAUGUGACCAGAAGACGGGCAAGUGCACCUGUGAGCCCAACUGGUGGGGUCCCCAGUGCUCCAGCUCUUGCUACUGCAGUCUCAACUCCCAGUGCGACCAGCAGACGGGGACCUGCCUCUGCCAGCCCGGCUGGUGGGGUCGGGGGUGCAACAACCAGUGCGUCUGCAACAACUCGCCGUGCGAGCAGUUCACCGGGCGCUGCCAGUGCCGGGAGCGAAUGUUUGGCCCGAGAUGCGACCGUUACUGUCAGUGCUACAAGGGGAAAUGUAACCAGGUGGAUGGGACCUGUGCCUGUGAGCCGGGAUAUCGGGGCAAGUACUGUCGGGAGCCCUGCCCAGCGGGCUUCUACGGACAAGGCUGCAGGAGGCGGUGUGGGCAGUGCAAAGGGCUGCAGCCCUGCACCAUCGCGGACGGCCGCUGCCUGGCCUGUGAAGCUGGCUGGAAUGGCACCAAGUGCGAUCAGGCCUGCUCCUCGGGCUUCUACGGGGACGGCUGCGAGAAAAUCUGCCCGCUGUGCAAAGACGGCCACACCUGCAACCACAUCAAUGGCAAAUGCUCGCACUGCAAUCCCGGCUGGAUUGGAGACAGGUGUGAAACCAAGUGUCGCAACGGGACAUACGGCGAGAAUUGCGCCUUUGUGUGCAGCGACUGCUUCAACGGGGAGUGCCACUUUGAGACGGGCCGAUGCCUCUGCCGGGCCGGCUCUCACGGCACCUACUGUAACCUGACAUGCCCAGCUGGUCAGUACGGAGUCAACUGCGCCAAGUCCUGCAGCUGCCAUGAUGACACAUGUGACCCCCUGACUGGAGCCUGCCACAUGGAGGCCAAUCAGCGGAUGGGGGUGAUCGCAGCGGGGGCCCUGCUGGCUUUGCUGCUCAUCCUCCUCCUCUCGCUGCUCUGCUGCUGCUGUGUCUGUCGCAAGAAGGAGGAAGCUCAGGGUGGGAACCAGGACCCAGCAGCAAGCAAGAAAUCGCCAGGGCGCUUGUGUGGCCGGUUCAGUCGAAUUAGCAUGAAACUCCCCCGAAUUCCUCUGCAUCGCCAGAAACUGCCUAAAGUUGUCGUGGCUCACCAUGACCUGGAGAACACCAUGAACUGCAGUUUCAUUGAGCCACCAUCGGUAGUGGAGCAACCGUCUCCCUCCUGGUCCUCCCGGGGCUCCUUCUCCUCCUUUGACACCACCGACGAGGGACCAGUGUACUGUGUACCCCAUGAGGAGGGUGUGGGUGAAAGCAAAGAGAGAGGCCCUGCCUGCAGCCUGGUGGAGAAGCUGGCACCCCCAAUCAGCGCGGAGGAGGCUGGAGAGUAUACCUUCUUGAAAGAGACGGGCUCCGUCAAGGCCUUCCAAGCAGACAGCAGCGAAACACCCCUGCUCAAAUCCUCCGACAGCGAAAGGUCGUCCUGUGGCUCCGGCUCCACCAGCGGAGCCCUCUAUGCCAAAAUCGCCCGUCUCUCCAAGCAGUCCAAGGACGAAGAUGAAAAUACAAUGGACACCAAAAGCCCUGGAGUGAAUGGUAAAUCCCCCUCCCCGGAGAGAACCAAGCCCCCUCCCCCUGAUCCCUCCACAAAGCCAAAAGUGUCCUGGAUCCAUGGGAAGUACAACUCCAACCAGUCCAACUCGCUCCCCGCUCCCAGCAGGUCGCCCGAGAGAGCGGCCAUGCAGCCUGAUUGCUCUGAGCACCCUCAGGCCAAGAGGAAGAGAAGCCCGAGUGAGACCUCGGCCGGCCUCCACGGGAAAGCCGAUGACAAGGGCAGCGCGAGGAGCAAAGAGAAAGCGCAGAAACAUCUGAAAGAGCUGAGCUUCCCAGAGGGCAAAGCCUCUUUCUCUGGGGAGCCCCAGUCACCAUCCAAGCCCAAGCAGAAGACCAAGGCCAGUUCGGAGCAGAUGGAGAACAUCAAUGGGGCCGUCCAAAAUGCUCUGAAAAAAAUGGGAAACUACCACCCAGACAGGAAAGGAGGGGAAGGCAGGGAAGCCCCCCGGAGCCCCAGUCACAGCAAGCCACGCUCCGAGGCCAUCCACCCCCAUUUGUCUUCGGAGGCAGCCACUUUACUGGCUGCUCAACUGAAGGAAAAGACUCAAAGCCUCAACAAGGGCGAUGGCAGCGCCCGGCAAAAUGGGGUGAGCCCUUUGCAGCCCCAGAGGGAGAAACCCACCCCUCCGCAGAAAGCCAAGCGCUCUGUGGCCACUAGCAGCAGCCAGAAAUCCAGCAAGCCGGCGCUGCCAACCUCCCCCAACCUGCAGAAACUGAUCAGCCCCGUGUCGGAGACCACGGUCAAUGAGACCAAAAGGGCAGAGAAGCAAAAUUCCAGCAGCAGCAGCCAGGAGCACGCGCCCCUGAGUGACCAGACCAGCAAAAAAACACCCAUUAAAAAGCCCCCUAGGAAGAAGAGCAGAGAAGCCACCUUGGAGCAGCCCAAAGCAGCCAUAAUGCCCCCUCAGACAGUUCAGUAGAGGAGUCCCGUGGGCCCCAGGUGCCGGCCUGGUACUGCACCAGACAAGUGUUGGCAGGCAGAGGAAGCCCCUCUGCUCUCAGCAAGUCUGCAGGAAGGGUCAGUGGAAAUGGAGGUCUGAACUGGGAAGUGGGCUCUGGAGAAGCCUCCGAGCCAUCUCUGUCCUGCACUGGGGCCUCGGACUCUUUGCCCAUCACAGACGCCCACCUCCCAAGCUGCGCUGUGCCCUCUGCCAUGUAUCUUCUCCUCACGGGGGCCGGAGCAGCUUGCGUCCCCCGUUUCUUUUGCAGGGAGAAGGACCGCAUGGAGCUCCCCUGAUGUGGAAGGGUUGGCAGGGUUGCAUUGGCCUGCCCUGAGUUCUGAGGGGGGGCUGCAUGAGACUCUGAGCAGGGCCUUUGUCCUUUUGUAGCAGUAUUAUUGGUUGCAUAAGCAGUGCUUGUUUACUAGAAAUCCCCGUGUUGUAUUCUGCAGUAACGGAUUAGCUUGCUUCCUGUAUCCUAAUCCGGUCUGUCGCAUUCACAUUGGCAGAUGGCAGCCAGAGGCCAAGGCUCUUGCUCCGUGUAUUAGAGGGGCAGACAAGGCCAAUGCCAGUCUUCUCUUGUUGCUAGCCAUGUGCCCAGGGCCCCUGUGUGGUCCAUCCUGAAGUCCAUCCUGUGUGGUCCAUCCUGGCAGAGAGGAGCCGGCUGCGGAUCCUGUGUGAUCCAGAGCAGUGGAGCACUGGGACCAGCGGUGCUCACUGUCUUGGGUUUAGUUUGUGUUUCUUCCUUGCCAUUUAGCUUUUUAUCUUCUGAAGAUGUCAACUCCCCUGGGCAUCACCUUCCUCUGCAGGCACGCUGCUUUGGUCAGCGUGAGGUCGAGCUGGUUUCGACUGAUGCCCCCUCUGGUGUCUGAGGAUGUUGCUGCUGGUGGUGGCUGUGAAGAAAGUACUAUUUAUGGCCUGACGCCAUUCAGAGUGGCUGUCCCGGUUAAGGGGGUCCAUUCCACUGGAGCUGUGUGGCGUGAUUGGUACUACAGAAUUUGGCACAUCUGCAGAAAGCUUUCCUAAUAAAAGUGUAUUUCUUCUCUA